UUGGGUUUAUUUGACAGCCGUGAGCUUCAGUCCCACUAUGGCGUCUCAUCAAAUCAGGAUGGGCUUUUUCUACCGCCUCCUGUACUGGAAUUUAUCACUCGCCAGUUGCUUUUCUACAUCUGGAUUUCUGUGCUGAAAGACGUCAAAUGUAGGCGAAAUGAAGGACGAGAAAAGCACAGCGCGGUCGCUCCAGAGUGCCGACACGGAGCGUAGAAAUGCAGCUGAUGUGGAGGAUGGCCGGGCGGGCAGCGGAGCAGCGCUGAAACCGGUGCUGCAUGAAGCGGCAUCUGACCGAGCCACCGCACCGACAGCCCGAGCAGGAACAGGAAUACGCGUUUUAAAGCGUAACAUGAAGAGGAAUGGCAGUCGAGGUUGCGUGACCCGGAAGACGCGGUUCGGCUCUCGCGAGCGGGACUGGCUGAAGGGCGACGCUCAGCGAGGCUGCGUGUGUCUCUACGGGGCCUCUGAGCCUCAGCCUCCAGCAUCGGGCCCCCAGACCUCCACCACCCCGCAGCCAGACCUGAAGCUGGUGCUCUGCUCCACCAACACCACCGCUGAGGAGCUCUGUGCUCAGAGAGACGUACAGGGUCUCUACCUGCAGCUGCACGGAGACUUAAUCAGGAGGCUGGACCCCUCCGAGCGUCCUCUUCAGAUGGUCUACGACUACCUGACUGCUAUGGGCUAUGAAGACCCGCUCCGUGUCCAGCAGGAAGCCGCCAACUCGGACCUCAGCUGCAUGAUCCGCUUCUACAGUGAGAAACCGGUAAAUGCAGACCAGCAGGAGCGGACUCUUCUGAAGGGCGUGUUCAGCGUCAGGAAGGGGAAAACACAGCUCCAUAAAUGGGCCGAGCGGCAGGUCAUCCUGUGUGGGACCUGUCUUAUCGUGGCCUCUGUCAAGGACAGCCUGACUGGCAAAAUGCACAUCCUACCCCUGGUCGGGGGGAAGGUGGAAGAGGUGAAGAGGAGGCAGCACUGUCUGAUGUUCAGCUCCGCUGGUCCGCAGGCCCAGACCUACUACGUUAACUUUGACACGCUGGCCGACUACCAGCGCUGGCAUCGGCAGGCUUCUAAAGUGGUGUCUCAGACUAUAAGUCUGGUGGAUUUAUCCUGCUACAGUCUGGAGGAAGUGCCCGAGUAUCUCUUCUACUGCCAGGAUGUCACACACCUCAACCUACGCCACAACUUCAUGAGGCUGGAUGGCCCUGGAGGACUCAGCAACUUCAACAGAUUUGCCCAGCUGAAGAGCUUAAACCUUUCUCACAAUGGGCUGGGCGUAUUCCCGGAGUCGGUGUGUGAGAUCCUGACACUGACGGAGCUCUAUCUGUCCUGCAACGGCCUCAGCGCCAUCCCGCCCCGUGUCGACAACCUCCAGAGCUUACAGACACUGUGUUUGGAUGGGAAUCGCUUGGAUUCUCUUCCAGAGGAGCUGGGCAGCCUCGUACAGCUCUGCAGCUUGGGACUUUCCUUCAACGAUUUUCCUCAGAUCCCCAGCGUGGUGGAGCGGCUCUGCGCCCUGGACAAGCUGGCGAUGGCUGGGAACAGGGUGGAGACUCUGGAUCUGUGCUGUCUGCUACGAAUGAGUCACAUUAAGAGUAUUGAUUUACGGUUAAAUGGCCUCCGCUGUGUUAAAAGUGAAACUCUGGAGCCUGUAAAACAUCUCACCCAGCUAGACCUGAGAGACAACCGGUUGACCUCUGUAGACCUGAGCGCGGCCUGCAGUCUGGAGACGCUGCAGUGUCAGCGAAACCAACUGGGAUCCCUCACGCUCAGCGGCUACACUCUGCGCACACUCCACGCCAAUAACAACUGUCUAACCACAGUGAACAUCUACCCUGUUCCCAACCAACUGACACAUAUGGACCUAUCAAGGAAUCUCCUGGAAUACCUGCCAGAUUGGGUGUGUGACAGCAGGAAGAUUGAGGUGCUGGACGUCUCCCAUAAUCUGCUGUCUGAGCUCCCAGCCAGACUUCUUAGCAGUAUGAGUCUGCGUAAACUGCUGGCUGGCAACAAUAAGUUGGAGAGACUGGCUGACCUGCUUGACCACAUCCCACUGGAAACACUCGACCUGCAGCACAACAAGUUGCGAGAACUGCCAGAGUGCUUCUUCUACAAGGCCUUAAAUUUAAAGUAUCUGAAUGUGUCUGCCAAUGCACUGGAGACAAUCCCGCCGAGCAGCCAAUCAGAGGAGAGCCUCAGCACCCUGCAGGAGCUCUAUCUCACAGGAAACAACCUGAAUGAGAACUGCGCUGCUCUACUGGUGGGGCAUCAGAACCUGCGGGUCUUGCAUAUGGCUUAUAACCAAUUGCUGUCCUUCCCUGCUAGCAAACUCAGUAAACUGGAGGUACUGGAGGAGUUGAAUCUGAGUGGGAACAAGCUGAAAACGAUCCCCUCCACUGUGUCCAGCUGCAAGAGACUGCACACCCUCAUCGCCCACUCCAACCAUAUCAGUGUGUUCCCAGAGGUCCUCAACCUCCCUGAGAUCAAGCUGGUAGAUGUGAGCUGUAAUGAGCAGACAGAAAUCCUGUUGCCGGACUCUCUGCCUUCCACACUACAAGAGCUGGACCUGACCGGCAACAGUAGCCUCAUAUUAGAGCAUAAAACGCUCAACCUCUUCAGUCACAUAAGUACAUUGAAGCUGGACCAGAAGCCAGCCGUGACAGCUGGAGACGCACAGGGCACGUCCACCCUGUGGGAUCAUGGUUAUGCUGAGAUGUGUGGUCAAAGGAACAAGUUGUGUGUGUCUGUGCUGGCUGUGGAUCGCUUCGGGGACAGUCCAGAGGCUGCUUAUGGGAUUUUUGAUGGUGACCGUAAUGAGGAAGUUUCCAGGUUACUGCAGUGCACCAUGGGAGAUGUAUUGGCAGAGGAGAUACAGCACUCCAGUGUGGAUAGUGUAUACAUGUGCAACACUUUCCUUACCUCUCAUAGGAAACUUGGCAUGGCAGGCCAGAAGCUAGGUGCCUCUGCUCUGCUCUGUUACAUCCAUCAUGAGUCCUCCGAGCCUGGCAGCUACUUUAGCCUCACUGUGGCCAACGUAGGCACCUGCCAGGCUGUCCUGUGUCGUGAUGGGCAACCUCUUGCCCUCUCGAAAGUUUUCAGCCUAGAACAGAGCGCUGAGGAGAUGGAGCGUGUCAAACUGGCUAAAGCUAUUAUCACUGAGGAUAACAAGGUGAGUGGGGUGACAUGCUGCUCACGGUUACUUGGCUGUUCCUACCUGUUUCCUUGGGUGCUUCCCAAACCCUGGGUGCACACAGAGCCUCUGUGUUCCCAGGAUGAGUUUCUGAUCCUAGGAAACAAAGCACUCUUCCAGAAGGUUUCCUACCAGGAGGCAGUAAGCACAGUGCUAGCUGUCAGAGACCCCCGCGCUGCUGCCAAAAAGCUCUGCACGCUGGCACAGAGCUAUGGGUGCCGGGAUAAUGUCGGAGCAGUUGUGGUGGCUUUGCAUAUCGGAGAAGACAGCUGUACGUGCGAGCCUCCUCUCUUGACCGCAGAAGCACGAGGACCACCUGCCCCGACACCUUUACCGACCUCCGUCUCCCCUGGUGACCCAGCCACACCAUCAUCUAGCAGCGGCAUUGCCUCUGAGUUCAACAGCGAGAUGUCAGCCUCAGAAGUGGGCAGCGAGGCUGGGUCCACGGCCUCGGACGAGCACCCCUCUUCAGGACCAACAGCUCGUCCAGAGCGCCGCUGUAGUCUGCAUCCUGCUGCUACCUUGUGUAACAUGGGACCGCUGGCGAGCCUGGGGCCAGGGGCGCACCCGGCUCUGUUCCAGCGACAACCUUCCAGUGCCACCUUCUCCAGCAACCAGUCAGACAACGGGCUCGACAGCGACGAUGAGGCUCCUUUAGAAGGUGUCAUCUCAAACGGGAGUAAGCUAGAGGUGGAGGUGGACAUUCACUGCUGUGCUUUUCAGCUACGCUCUGGACCACCCGAAAGUCCCAAGGACCUGGACGGCCGCCAUGAUUUGAGGGGCUCGGACUAUCCCAAUAGCAAAAUGCGUCGGCAAAACAGUGUUGUGGUUUCUGCCACCAACGGCUGCCUACUGGCUGUAUGUGGGCGAGAGAUCUCAGAUCUGAAGAAGUCUCCUUCCACCUCCAGCCUCUUCGGGAAGAAGCUCUCUAAUGGCUCGGUAGUGGCUCUGGAGGAUAGCCACAACAUCAUUGAAGUAGCACUCGAGGCCCCCAAAAAGAAAUCUGGAUAUUUUGCCGCACCAGCCCAGCAAGACCCGGAAGACCAGUUAAUUAUACCGCCUAGUCUGGAGCAGGAUGUGCGGGAGCAGCUGAGAGGCCAGAGCCCUGUGGUUCCCGGGCCACCGCCUCCCUCAACACCACCCUCGGCAAGAGACCCCAACUGGGACCAUCCUCACUCCACCAUCCCCGGUCUCCACCCCACCACCGUCCUGCAACAGGAUGUCUAUGACACAGCUCUAUAGUGGGUGCAAGCGGACCGCACCAUUGGAGCAUCUCCGCAUCAUAGUGCCACAUCAAAGAGGCUAGCACGCACUUCCUGCCUUCGAGAUAUUCCAGUUCUUAUUUAGCGCCGUCAUCACGUGUGAGUCCCUGCAUGUGCAUUCUUGGGCUGAUCUGCAGUGGCAUAGCCACCUCAGAGAUGUGUAACCGGAAGGGUGGAAAUGGAUGCAAAUGUCAGGACCGAUGAAAUCACGAAGAUUGAGGUCUUUGAUUGAGGAAAUACAUGGGCUAUUCCUGACCAAAAACCACAGCAUGGAGCUGGAGUACCUCAUUCAUCACCAUGCGCGAGUUCAUUUCGACAUUCGCCCUUUAUAUCAAAGGUCACAGGCUUACGUAGGCUUCAAUUAUCACAUUUGCCUUCUGGCGGAAAGAUACUAUCAGCUAAACUGAGACCAAAAGUUGAGAAAAGUGCCUCUUGAAGAUGGUUGAGGUUCUGAGAGCCUUUACUGUUCUGGUGUACGUGCAGUUUUGUUCUCCUACCUUCCCAUAGUGGCAACCAGUCAGUAAUCUGCACUUUUGAAGUCCGUGAGGAAUAUUUCAGAGGGUCAAAAGGAUCUCUUCCCCAUCUGACCUGCUGGAAACAUCCCACUCCAUUUCAUGGAAAAGAGUAGUUGUUGUGGAAAGAUGUAUUGUUGAAAAAGACCAGAGCUUUCGCCACCUCCCCUGAUCUCCUCACUUGUAUGCAUACGGGAUCUCCCAGACAAAGCCAUGGGGGUCUCUGGAACACUCUGCACAAUAGAAGAGUACAAUGAACCCAACGUAACAUUCAAGCCCUUACAGAUCUACCUGGAGAGGGACUGAGCCUAGUGAUGGAGGUCAGAGUGAGAACCUCUAUUUCUUAGUACAUCCAAUACUCAGUGGAAGCAUUGCCACACCUUUAUGGCUAAGGUCAAUUGGGGAGCAGAAAGACCUCACAACCCUGUCUGAAAUCAUAACUUGAGCUGUCUCGGGUUGUUUAGAGUACUUGAAGUUUCGAGUGUGCCAUGACUCAUACUACAAAGCCUCGAGCCAUGAAUAUGUCAUUGGGUCUUUGUAGUAGUGUGGUUUUGCUGUUGAUCUGAGUGAGUUUGGGAUAUUUUCUCAUUAUCAAGGAAAAAAGUGAACAGCUAACACAUUUUUUUGUAUGAGAGGUACAGGGCAUAUGAUAUCAUGUAUUGUGCAGUGUGUGUGCGCUUUAUUUUAGCCAUGCAUGGUACGUAUAAGGAAAGAGUUUUGUUUUAUUUUAAUAGGGGGACCAGAGGAAAAAGAAGUAUUAUUGCAUAUUGGGUCACUUUUGCAAUUUGCAAUUGCCACAAUCACUGUAUCAAGGAAUUCUGUGCAGUAAAACACUGUGCCCAUGGUUUGAGGAGACAUCUAGUGGUGUUUAUUGGAAACAACAAUGUUUUUUUCAGGGUUUUCCCUGCAAGUUUUUCGCAAUUCAUUAUUACAUUUAAAAUAUUUUUUUUUAAAUUAAUAAAGAAUUAGGGAAUUAAAAUUAGGGAAAAUCAAGUGCAAAGCCCACUGUUAAUUGUUAGAUAUUAAAUUUAGUGAUGUUCUCUGAAGCCCACUUUUUCUUUUGCCAAUUUUAGAGCAUCCAUUGCAUUAAAUUAUUUAUAAUUUAUUAGGUGCACUCUCAUAAUUCAUUAGAAACUGUCCUUACAUAGGUGUGCAGGGAAAACAACAGUCCCUAUUGACACUGAAACUUUGAUGUACUUUAAAUGUAGAAAUCGCAUCUCAUUAAAAAAGUGUCAGCAUUGGCAUAUUAAAAAAAUCAGUACUUGAAUUUGUAGAUCACCCUUGAAAAUGAGCUUAAGUACAUUUGUAUGCUCAGAUAUUGUUUAAGCCAUUUCAUCUCAAGAUUCAAAAGAUUCAUUUUGUGAAUUAUAUCCAUUGCGACGGACAUUUUGAGUAUUUUUCUUUUUUUAAUUAAUAUUCUUCAUGGUCAGCUGGUAAAUGCUCUUUGUGCCAAACUUGCAUACCGAUUUGUGUUUGCUAUAUGUGUGAGAAAAGGCUGCCAUGUAACUAAUCUGGAUCCCGGUAUUUAACAUCCAGGAAGAUUUUGAAUCGAACUUUUACUGCCAUUAACUUUUCUGCAAGCAUUAGAGAGUCAUUUGUGGUGUUAAUUAUAAUUGCCUACAGACCUAAAACUGUAGCUCUUGUGCCAAAAGAUAUGUAGUAGUGGUAUUUGAAGGUAGGUGAGUUAUUUUGAGUAUUUCAGCCAUCCCUCGGGUGCUACUGAGAGCUGAAGCCAGUGGCAUGGAUGCAGCAGCCCUGCAUGACUCAUAGGGUUUUUUUCUGUCAUGGUCUUAAAGGUAGUUUUGCACCACACUUUUCUUUAUUCCGAUUCCCAUUUUUUGCACACAAAAUGUGAAGUACAUUUUACUGGAAAUUGAUCCCUAGACCAAUCCCUAAAUCAUUUAGAGCUGUAUGCUUAAGUGCAUCAAGUAUUGUUGUACAAUCAUAUAAAGUAAAACGGUUUUACACUGUAUAAGCACUUUGUACGUAGCUCAGAGAAUCUAUAUACAUAGACAUAUUUAAGAAUUGCAUUUUAGCUAUUUGUUGAAAUGCAUAUAAAUCAACAUUAGGCUGUGAUUUAUGGCCUCUUUUAGAAAGUAGGUAUUUUUUUCUGUUAUAACCCCUAAAAUAUGUAAUUUCUUAUGUUUGGUUGAGAGUAUGUGGUUAUUGAGGCACAACAUGCUGAUUCAUACUGUGCUAAGAGGCAGAGUUCAAGCAUUUGACGGCUUGCUUUGUUAGCAAGAUGUAGUCUAACUCUGUUAUUAGCUAUAGAACUGAAAUGUAAAGUAAUUUUUCAAACAAAUGUCAUGGAUACAGCAAAUCAUGCUGCUUUUGAGAGCACCUUAGUCAUUCUAUAGCCCUACAACAUGAUGCAUAUCUGCAUCAUACUUAAAAAUGAUAUAUGCAACAAUUAUACAUGUCUAAUUAGAUUAUUAAUCUGAAAUUAUUGUGAAUGGGACUGGGAAAAUCAGUCUGUGGGUGUCAAGUGGAGCGCACUGUUGUGGAAUAGUUUCUUCACUCUAGGCAACAAGCUAGUUGCUUUGCCACAUUUACAAAUGUUGUAUUUUAGGGGGCAUUUACACGACACCAUUUUCAACUAAAAACGAAAAACUUUUUAUGCGUUUUGGCCGUUUAUUUACACGACAACGGCAUUUUGGGGGCCUGAAAACGCAAACUUUUGACGUCAUGCGCAUGCGUAUUACGUAUUUCUUUAGGCAACAAAGUGACAUCUUUUAAAUGCAGCGUUUUUAAAGAUAAAGUGUGUGAAUUUUAGCGGCAUCUAGCGGUGAGGUUGCGAAUUGCAACCAACAGUUCAGCACCGUGCUUGCCCCUCUCUUUUGAAGCACUUUAGAAAAGCUACAGUGUCCGACAAAAAUGUUGUUGUCUGAGACAGCAGAGUAGCAGUCAAGCAAUGAGGUUUCUUCUUACUUCUAACAAGGAACGGUCUCUGCUUCUAAUAAACCAGACUACUACUACUACUUCGUGUGUAUUCAACAUAGUGACGAUGCAAGCUGCCUCUAAAAACACAAACGAACAUAGUGACGAAACGCGCUCUGUAGCGCAGUUUGUCCGUUUAGGGCUACUGUAGAAACAUGCCGGUGCAAAAUGACGACUUGACAUGGAGGGGGGGACCCGCUGUGUAUGUAGAUAGAAAUGGCUCAUUCUAAGGUAAUAAAUACAUUACGGUUCAUUAUGAAAGGUCUUUAUACACCACUCAAAACAUAGUUAUGUAUAUUAUAUUGCAUUUCUGUCAAUAGAUCCUCCUAAAUUUCACACAUAGCACCUUUAAAUGUUUUCACGGAGCCGUGUGAACGGGGAUCGUUUUGACAACGUUGUCAUCUGUACACGAGAAACAAGCAAAGGAAAAACUUUUCCGUUUUUAGUACAUCGAUGUCGUGUAAACGUACCCUUAGAUCCCUUAAACAUUUGUGCUCUGUGAUCUCCUGGCCAAAACAUGCUGAGGUGAAACUCUGAGCAAACGUUUUUGAAGAUGUUAGCCAAAUGCAGUUUUCCUAUGCGUUAUAUUCAAAUAGCCAUAAAGUUUAUAUCCAUCCGUUAAAUGAAGGGCAGAGGUGAUUCUUAAAGGGAUAGUUCAUUCAAAAAUGAAAAUUCUGUAAUCAUUUACUCACCAUCAUGUCGUUCCAAACCUGUGUAUGACUUUCUUCUGUGGAACACAAAAGAACAUUUUUUGAAGAAUGUUGGUAACCAAACAGUUUUGGUUACCAUUGACUUCCACUGUAUGGAAAACAAACACUUUUUUCUAAAAAUACCUUCAACAGAAGAACGAACGUCAUACAGGUUUGGAACAACAUGAGGCAGAGUAAAUUACAGCAGAAUUUCCAUUGUAGGGUGAACUGUUCCUUUACAGGAAGAACACAAAGUACAGAACAUCCCCGCUUACAUUAAAUAUUAGGAUUUUUUUAUUAUUAUAUUUUAACUUUUUAGGACAUUUGGGGAUUCUAAUAUUCUAUCAUGGAGCAUGAAGUAUUUUUUUUUUUAAAUGUGAUUUGGAUGAUUUGUAUGCCAGUGUGUUAGUGGUGUCUUAGUUGGGCAUUGCACUAGAAAAUGAUCUUGAUCAUGUUUAUAUUCAAACUGAACAUAAAAGUUAGAGAAAGCUUCUUUUUUUUUUUCUCAGAUUCAGCACAUUGAAUUCUCUAUAAGUUUCUCUGAUUUUACUCUUGUGGGAACACUUAUGCAGAACAAAAUGAACAUGUUACAACAACAUAGUGAUUUAGAAGAUAAAACUAUGAUAUAAUCACACAAGCAAUUUUGGAUAUUAAAACUUUUUUUUUUUUUUGGUUAAAAUAAUUCCUCUUAUCACAGCUCAAUUGUAAGCAAGCCAUUUAUAGGUUGAUUCCCACAAAAAGUGUAAACAUUCUGGAUUUUUAUCUGUGUGUGCUUUGUGCUUGACAUGGAAAUCAGUCUCAACCAAUGGUGUGAGCUUAGGGGUGGGGCUAUCUGUUUGUCUAACCAAUGACAGAUGGGGGAGUGUUGCAAACAGUGAUCAUAUUUGCACCUCCAUUUGGCAGAAAUGUCUUCACGUAAUUCUUCGCCUAAUUUAACAAUACAGUAUGUUUCUGCUCUUCUAAGUUUUGACUCGACCUCUAGUGAGGUUAUCCGAAACAUGCUUCAUCCUCUGUAUCUUUAACAAAGAAAGCAUUCGCCUCAAGUCUGUUUGUACAUUUGCGCAGUGUGAGAGUUGCUGUUGGUGCAUGAAAAGUGUGAUUGUGGUUUUACCGUGACAGAGAUAAUAUUUUCAUUCGAACGCAAAAACGCAUAUUUAUCUGGCGUAUUCAUUGACAUUUUUGCACAUAAUCAUGGUUCGUUCUGGACAGACGAGGGUUAAGAUGAAGUUCCUGUUGUUUGACAUGUGACCAAAGCUUGAUCUUGUCAUCAUUUAUGUACAUUUUGUUUUAAAGAGAUGCUUUAAUAUUUCCUCUCAAUGCCAAGAAGCUGAGGUUUAUUUUUGUACUUCAUUGUUUCAUGCAAAUUUAUAGGUCCUCCAGUGCAGAAUCUAGGAUUUAAGGGUUCUAUGGUAAACCGUCACCCAUCAAGGUACUAUCGUUGAAGAUACUAAUUAUUCAUGUAUUUAAUGUGAGAAGCAUGCCCUAUAUAAAUGAGUAUAAAUAUAUAAUAUAAAGAAUAUAUUAUCAUGUGAUUAUUUGUAUAAAAUAUUACCUUUUGUUUAUAAGAAAUUGUUUUAAUAUCUGAAUCAUAAUGUAUAUUAUAUUUUUAAGUUUCUAUUUUAGCAUGCAGUACACUGCUGAAUAUUUUCAUUGUGUUAAAUUAUUUAAUUGUUUUUAGUUUAGGAGAUCAUUUGAGUUCAGUAAAAGGACUAAAUGCGAGCACUUUUGCCGUCUGUCAGCUAGGACUGUACUUCUUGGGAUUUUUGAGUGGGUUCUGGUUCAUCGUUUCAUUUCAGAUGCUGCUAUGCUUAGUUUUGAGCAGAAAGCUGUAUUUUUAAUUAACUUUUCAGCCAAGUAGCAAUAAAGAUUUUUACUGUGAAACAUG